AUGCUGUCAGUCUUUGAUGACUCCAGUAUUGUACAUAUAGUCGUGUUUGUGAUAUCAGAUGCUAUCCGUGAGCUAGAUGACAGGAAGAAGAUCCACCAGCUGCUGGCAGUCAGUGGAGUCAGUGAGGGAGAGGUGUCUUACUUCUUCAAGGAGCCUCCAGCCAAGCCUAUCAUUCCACAGAGACAGCCUCACAGGGUGUCAUCUCAGGCCAAGGGGGUGCCAUCUCAGGCAAGGGGGGAGUCUAUCUCAAGGCAGCACAAAGGAAAGAGAAAAGUGUUAGGUGUGGUGGACCAGAAUGCUUCUCCCUCAGACCAGGACAGGUACAACAGUGACAACCAGACAUUGACACUACAGGUGGAAGCUCUGCAGGCGCAGCUAGAGGAGCAGACACGACUGGCUAAAGACCAUGUGGACGGUCUUCUGGAGGACAGGAGAGUGAAGAUAGAAGAAUAUGAGGCCAGGAGACAGAGAGAUCAUGAUAAAAUACAGACUUUGCUGGAAAAAUUAACAAAAACCCAAGAUUUACUUUAUGACAGCACAAAAGACUUUCUUGAACUCCGCUAUGAAGGCAGAGCCAAUGAACGCCGCUGGAUGGCAGAGAAGGACCAGUUUCUUAGAGAGCUUGAUGUCUGCAAACAGCAGCUGAACAUCAGUAGGGACAAAGUGCUCAAUGUCUCAGAUGAGGCUUUGGAUGCCAAACAGAAGAGAGAGGUGGAGGUGGAGGCUCUGCAGUAUGACUUGGAGCAGGCAGUGAAGAUGUCAGAUAUGUACAGGGAGCAGGUGAUACAGCUAGAGGACGAGAGAGCAAGGAUACGAGAGGAAGGAGAUGUCAGCAAAGAUAUAUUUAAGGAGAGGACAGAUAAGAUGAGCCGUAGACUACAGCUGAUGAAUGCCAGGUAUCAGGAGCUGGAGUAUAACUAUUGAUAUAGUUUUCUUUGUUCACUGUAGGAGAGGACAGAUAAGAUGAGCCGUAGACUACAGCUGAUGAAUGCCAGGUAUCAGGAGCUGGAGUAUAACUAUUGAUAUAGUUUUCUUUGUUCACUGUAGGAGAGGACAGAUAAGAUGAGCCGUAGACUACAGCUGAUGAAUGCCAGGUAUCAGGAGCUGGAGAAGAGGAGAAAUCUGGAGGUAGAAGGGUUUAAGAAUGAUAUCAAAAUGCUCAGAGCCAAACUGAAAGAGAUGGAAAAACAACUGUACAAGGUAACUGUUGGUCUUGGUGAGGGUCUAGAGGAGCAGCGACCAGAUGAUCUGGACUUGGUCAUUCUGAGGAAUGUCCGGCGGACAGCGGGCAGAUCCAAGAAACUGAUGGAUGAACUGAAGCAGUUGAAGAGUAAAGUAUAUGGAAUGGAAAAUGAUCUGAAGCAUCUGUAGCAGUGACAGAGGAUGCUGUAAUAAAAGCUGGUUUCUUCAAAUAGUCUAUUUCUCCAAAAAGUCCAUUACGAGGGAGAUGUUUUAAAAACAUUGAAUGCUAAAGGGAAAUAUGACAGAUUUCCGCAGUUUGUUAAAAAUUUCAGGAGUUGAUUUAAUAUGUUACUGUAGACUGAGUUGGAAUGUAGAACUGCUUCAGAAGAAGUAGCAUGUAAAAUACUCAACUUUGCAUAUGGUGUAUUGAUUUGUAAAUUAUGUCUGUUAGUCAAAAUGUAGAAUAAGAAUUUGAUAACAUAGUUUGAUUGGAUUAUCACAGAUAAAAAUUUUGAUAAUCUGUUUUAAGGUAGAUUUAUCUGUAAUCCUAAGAAGAAAAUAAAUUCUUCUUGUACUCAUUUUG